GUAGAGACUUUCCUCGCAUCUUCCCUCUCCUCUAUCUCCUCGCGUUUUCUUCCACCAUCCUCCACCACUAGAAAAAGAGGAGAAACAAAGCAGAGGGCAGCACCUGCACGAGCAGACAUCUCUUCCACAACUCCCCUGCGAAAUUAAAACUUGCAAGAGAAAGAGAGAGAUGUGCAGUGUCACAGAUAACAAUUUCAAGAUCAAACAAACACCUCUCGUUUUUGCAAUGGAUGGUGGUAAUGAAUCCUGCCAUCAGAAAGAGGCUUCUUCCAAUUGCUCCAUCUUGCUUGAAUUCUCUGCAUCUGAUGAUCUGAUCUCCUUCAAGCGUGCCGUUGAAGAAGAUGGUGCUGCCAUCAACGAGGCAAACUUUUGGUACGGACGUAGGAUCGGAUCCAGGAAGAUGGGGCUUGAGCAGCGUACCCCACUGAUGAUUGCUGCCAUGUUCGGAAGCGUUGAUGUCUUGAAGUAUAUUCUCACCAGAGGUGGGGUUGAUGUGAACCAGGCUUGCGGAUCGGAUCGUGCAACUGCCCUUCACUGUGCGGCCGCUGGUGGGUCAGCGUCUGGGUCUGAGAUUGUGAAGCUGUUGCUUGAUGCUUCUGCAGAUGUGGAAGCCAUUGAUGUGAAUGGGAAUCGGCCUGGGGAUGUGAUUGCGCCAGCCUCUCCCGUGAUCAAGCCAAGGAUGCUUGAGAUGCUUCUGAAAGGUGGAGAAGAAGGAUGUGUCUCUUCGAGUCCAACCGCCAGCAUGAAUUCAGAAGAUCUGCAGCAGAUGGAGCGGCUUUCAGAGAAGAAGGAGUACCCAAUUGAUCUCUCAAUGCCAGACAUCAAGAACGGGAUCUAUGGCACAGAUGAAUUUAGGAUGUAUACCUUCAAGGUGAAGCCUUGCUCGAGGGCAUACUCACAUGAUUGGACGGAAUGCCCGUUCGUCCACCCGGGUGAGAAUGCGAGGAGGCGUGACCCACGCAAGUAUCACUACAGCUGUGUGCCAUGUCCGGAGUUCCGGAAAGGAACAUGCCGUCAAGGGGAUGCGUGUGAAUAUGCACAUGGAGUGUUUGAGUGUUGGCUACACCCAGCACAGUACCGGACUCGGCUCUGCAAAGAUGAAACAGGUUGCACUCGUAGGGUCUGCUUCUUCGCUCACAAGAAAGAAGAGCUCCGCCCACUGUAUCCUUCCACGGGAUCGGCGGUGCCAUCACCCCGAUCUACCAGCGCUGGCCUUUCCUCCUUAGACAUGGCCUCAAUGAGCCCACUGUCUCUUGGUGGGUCGCCGACCGUUCUGAUGAUCCCGACUUCAACACCCCCCAUGUCUCCAUCUUCAUCGCCAUCAACCAUCGGAGGGGCUUCAUGGCAGAGCCAGUUACCACCAGCGUUGCAGCUGCCUGGUAGCCGUCUGAAGACUGCCCUGAGUGCUAGAGACAUGGAUUUGGACAUGGAUUUGGUCGGGGUAGAUGGUCAUCAACAGCAGCAAUUGAUGGAUGAGAUGUCGAAUCUUUCGGGCAGGCCAAAUGCUUUCUCUACUGCAGCUGCACUUGCUGCCAUUUCAGGCAGUCGAAGUGGGAAAUUCAACCACAUCAACACUGUGACACCCUCUAACCUUGAUGACGUUUUUGGAUCCGUCGACCCAUCAUCCUUGUCGCAAUUAAAGGCAGCAGCUGCCGCCUCAGCAGCUCAGUACCAAUCUGCAGUGGCAUCGCUGUACCAAUCUCGACAGAACCUGAACCAGCAGCUGCACUCCAGCUAUGGUAGCAGCAUGUCUUCUUCUCCAGGGAGGACUUCCUCAUCCUUUGGACUCGACCCUUCAUCGGCAGUGGCAGCAGCUGUCAUGAACUCAAGGGCAGCUGCCUUUGCAAAGCGGAGCCAGAGCUUCUCGGAGCGGGCCGUGAUGAAUCGUCAUCCUGGUCUCACUGCCAUGGCAACGACAUCAAUGGCAACACCAUCAAUGCUGUCGGAUUGGGGCUCUCCCAAUGGGAAAUUAGACUGGGGGAUUCAAGGAGAAGAGCUGAACAAGUUGAGGAAGUCUGCAUCUUUCGGAAUCCGCACCAGCAGCACCGCAGUUGGGGCUGCAACCACCUUCGAUGAGCCUGACAUUUCGUGGGUGCAGUCUCUUGUGAAGGAUGGCCCGUCAGGAGGUUGGAUGAGUGAGGAGAUGCAGGGCCCAAUGGAGAUGCUUUCUCCAUGGGCAGAGCAGAUGUAUAUGGAGCAGGAGCAGAUGGUUGCUUAAAAGGCUAUUCUCACUAGCAUAAUCACCACUAAUAUGUUUCAUUGCCAUUGUUUCAAUUUUUAGUUCAUAUUUUUAAUGUUUGGAGUAUUAUGGAGAAAAUGUAAAUGUGGAAGAAGGAGAAUUUGAGAAACACACCCGCAAGGGAGAAGAAGAAGAAGAUUAGUAUAGAUAUUUCCUUUGAAAAGAAGAAGAAUCAUAUAUAUGUUAGCUUUUUUAGUAUUUUAUUAUUAUUAUUUUUUUCUGAUGACGAUGAUUUGGGUCUUUUGCUGAUGGACCAUUUCAUAUGGUGUAAGGGGACUCAAGGGUCGUUGAUCAUAUUUACUUAUUUUGCUUAA